AUGGGAAGAUGCAACUUGUUCCCGAUUGAGUUAUAUUUCAAGAAAAGUAGAUAUCAGCAACAUAGACUGAUGAGCUAUGUUUUGGAUUGUCCCGUUAGAACAAAGAACUCAUACAUACCUUACUUGGAUACAAAUUUUUUUAUUGGACCUUCAACUUUAUUGGUGUUGUUCUAUGCUGAUAAAAUCCACUCUAAAGCUUUAAUGGUACCACGUAAACGUCCACCAAUCUGUUAUUGGAGUUCAGAAAAGAUAAGAUAUCGUGAGACAUUUGAACAAGAAAUAGGUAAAUUUGGUCUUGGGGAAUUAAAUGAAGAUAUCGUUUAUGAACAAGUUGAAGAAGAUACUAAUCAAGGAGAUAGUGAUUCCGAUGAAGAUGAAGAUGAAUAUGUUGAGGUAUAUAAAUCGAAAUUAUUUAAAAUGUUUGAUACAUUUGAGAGGAUGAAGGAAAGACUGAAUUCAAAACUCAGUGAUGCAAUUACAAAGUUUCCUAAAAAGGAAAGUUUCAGGAAUUUGAAAGACAAGAUCACAAAUCUAGUUGUUGAAGAUAAAAAUGGAAGCAUGGAAAAUUUCCAAGCAAUGAAACUGGACUUGAAGGGGGUCAAUGGUGAAGAAGACAAUGAUAAUGAUGGACCUGAACCUGAAGUAGAUUAUUUGCUUGAUGGAAACGAUGCGGAGAAUGAUGGAGAGACUAAUAAAAAAGGAAGUGAUGAAAAGAAAAUGGAAGGGGAAACUGAAGGAACAUAUAAUGAUCGAGAGAUCAACGAAAAUGAGAAUGAUGAAGAAAAAAAACGAUGA